CCUUUAAUCGUCUUAGGUGGUCCAAAAGUGAAGAAGGGGAAUGAUACAGUAUUGCAAAUCAAAGUUUAAAAAACGCACUGACGUUACUCUUUUUAUGUCUGCUGUAUCAACCCUCUCCACCGUCUUCUUGUAACUGUGACCUGUAUUUAAUGAACACAGUUUGUUAAAAGUAAACUACAACGUGCAACUUUACGUGCAUCACAAAACCAUCUGAAAGUAACGGUGAUACUUAUGAUUUUAAACUUUCUGAAAUGCAAUAGAGCUUUUUUUCUUGUGUAGUCUCUAGAUAGAGACUCCAGCGUGAGACAGACCACACAGAGACUCGCAUUCAGAGAGAGACGAGACCGGAGCCGCCAUUGCGGUGCUAGUUUCUGAGACUCUCAUCAGCGAAAACUGUGAAUAAAAUCACGAUACCGACUACUGUAAGCGAGAUUACAUACCAUCUAGAGCAGCGAGACAUCUUUGUGAGAUGAUCAAGCAAUGGAUCUCCAGCCUCUGCAAACAUAUCCUUGGUCUGCAUUUGGAUGACAUAGCGUGUUUACCAUGAACACCAGCUUCAAUGAAAGCUUACUGGGGAACGCCACAGACGUGAGAGACAGCAGCGCCCGGGUCGUGGAGUCUGUCGUCGUAUUAGCCAUUGCCUUGUUUGUCUGUCUGGGCAAUCUGCUCGUUGUGUUGACUCUUUAUCGGAAGCCCUACCUCUUAACGCCAAGCAAUAAGUUUGUCUUCAGCCUGACACUUUCCAACCUCCUGUUGUCGGUACUGGUGCUGCCGUUUGUCGUUGCCAGCUCUCUUAAUGGAGAAUGGCUGUUUGGUGUUGUAUGGUGCAACUUCACGGCACUGUUGUAUCUGCUCAUCAGCUCUGCCAGCAUGCUCACGCUGGGAGCCAUUGCCAUCGACAGGUAUUAUGCUGUGCUGUUCCCGAUGGUCUACCCUAUCAAGAUCACAGGCAAUCGUGCAGCGGUGGCUAUAGUCUACCUGUGGCUGCACUCUCUGCUGGGCUGCCUGCCUCCUCUGUUUGGCUGGUCCACAUUUGAGUUUGACCAUCUCAAGAAGACCUGCACUGUGGCCUGGUAUCGUGACGUCAGCUACACUGCAUUCUGGGUUGCAUGGUGCUGCCUACUUCCACUGUUUGCCAUGCUGGUGUGCUACGGCCUCAUCUUCCGCGUGGCACGGCUCAAAGCUCGCAAGGUGCACUGUGGGUCAAUUGUGGUAGUUCAGGAGCCCCCGUCCUCCAAUAGGAACGGACGAAAAAACUCCACCGCCUCGGUUUCUUCCGUCGGGAGCCGAAAAGUUUUGACCUACGCUGGAAGCCAGUGUAAAGCCCUGGUCACCAUUUUGGUGGUGGUCGGCACCUUUUUGAUGACGUGGGGGCCGUAUGUGGUAGUGAUCUGCACCGAGGCAGUAUGGGGGCGAGGAAGUGUUUCACCGGCACUGGAGACGAUGGUGACCUGGCUGUCGUUCAUCAGUGCUGCCUGUCAUCCUCUCAUAUAUGGGCUGUGGAAUAAAACUGUAAGGAAGGAGCUGCUUGGCAUGUGCUGUGCUGACCGCCACUACCGGGAAUCAUUCAUUAGUCGCCACAGGAAGACGCGCCUCUUUAGCAUCUCCAACCGAAUCACAGAUCUUGGUAUGUCUCCACAUCUGACGGCCAUGUUGGCUGGUGGAGGCCAGCUUUUAGGUGCUUGCAGCAGCACAGGAGACACCGGCUUCAGUUUUUCCCAGGACUCAGGUACAGAUAUCAUGUUGCUGGAUAACUGUUCUGAAGGAGCAGAAAGCUCACACUGCAGUGCUUUAGUCGUCAAGCGCAGGAGUUCAGUGAUGUUUGAGGACCAGGUGGAACAGGAGUCUAAAGCAGGUGAGGAUCAGUCUCAGUGCCUGGUGAAGGCGGAGAUACACCAGGUGAUUGACAGCUUUGCAUCCAGUAUGGCCAAAGCCAUCGAGAGCGAUGCCAAACUUCUGCUGUUCGGUACGGAGUCUCUGCCUGACAGCGUUUCAUCGAGUCGACCCGCACAGAGGAGCUCACGCUACCCGGAUGGACAGAGGGUCCGUCUGGAGAGCAUCGAUGAGGGAAUCGUUAACGAUGACAAGGUUGAAGAUGACGAGGAUGAAAUCGAGGAAAUAUGUGCAUAAAUAAAUCUACACAUGGCCUGAUAUUUGUUUAUUACAUUCUCAAUGAAGCACAUAUUCUGAUUGUGUAUAUAUCACUACAUGUAUAGCACACAUACAGCGAAGAUGCUAUUAUAUUCAUCCAAAACUCCUAGAAAAAGCUCAAAACAAGUCAUUUUUAGCUCUUUGAGGAAAAGAGCUCUCUUGCAAAGCAGUUAAAUUUCUGACUAAUUAAAACAAUUUAUGUAUACACCAGGUGUGUCCAAACUUGGUCCUGUAGAGUUUAGCUCCAACUUGCCUCAACACAUCUGCCUGGAUGUUUCUAGUAUGCCUAGUAAAACCUUUGUGUAGCCAGUUCAGGUGUGUUUAAUUAGGGUUGGAGCUGAACUCUGCAGGACUCUGGUCCUCCAGGAGCAGGAUUGGACACUCCUGAUAUAUACCGUAUUGAACAGACUGGGGCUGGUUGUCACGCGCUUAUUGGUCCAGCGGUAUUUCUCCGAAUAGGUUUGUUGAAAGACCAUUGUCGGUGCCUAUAGCCUAGUGGUUAGGGGCACUGAUAUAUAUAGCGCAACUGCACCUCCAGCCAACCUGGGUUUGAAUCUUGACUCAGGGUCCUUUGCCAAUCUCACUCCACCAAACACUUUCCUGUCAAUCUUCACUGUCCUGUUAUCAAAAAGGCCAAAAAAGUAUUUUCUCAGGAAAAAUUCUGGGCAUAUUAUUCAUAGCAUUUUGAACAGUUAAACAAUUAUUAUUAAUUAGUAGUAAUUAAUGAAACUACCGAAAUUCAAAGGAUAACAAUAUUUCAAAACAUUAUUUUGCCAACAGGCAGUCCAAUUGAUACAAAUGGAUGAACUACAUCCCUUUUAUUUUUUUAAAGUACCUUUAUUCUAAAAACAUUUCAACUUCAGUUUUUUUGGGGUUUUUUUUAACGAGGUCUUCAAGACCAACAUGUAAGCAAACAUUUAUGCAACUAAAAGUCUGACAUAAAACCUUAUAAUUACUGUGAUAUACUACCUGUGACAACUAGCCCCGGUCUCUUUUAACUGUAGUGACUUCACAUUAUUCAUUAUAAAUGAGCUGUGUAAAGGUGUUCAGUGUGUAAUGUGUUUGUACAGAUGGAGGGGACCCACAGGAAAAAUGAUCUUUUGAUUUUUGUGUUUAGCACUGUUUAUAUACAGUAUGUCUGCUUUUAAAAUUCUGUGUAUUACUUAGUCUUAUUUUCAUGUCAUAUCUACUAAGUCUCAUGUUUGAAUACAACCAUGAAUAAUGUUUAGACCCGCCAAAAAUGAUGAACCACAGUCCAUUAUGAGUGCAAAGCUUUGUGUCAUGCGGUGCUGUUUUCAAGUACUGAGCUUGUAACAUUGUAAAACACAUAUAGUCUUCUAAUUAAGAAUAUGCAUACAAUCACGAUACUCACAUUUGAUAUUUCUACAGUGGAAAAAUAAAUGUUGUAAAAUAUUUAUAAUACCUUGUUCUUAAAAUACUCCAGAUAUGCAGGUGGAAAUUAUAUUAUGAUAUUUCUUUGUAUUGCAUUUCAAGGUGUAAACAUUUUGUAAUUUAGUUUUUCUUUAAAAAAAAAAAACAUUUAAAUUAUUCUUUUACAAAACAUUCAAUAUUCUUUGUCUUUUUUAAUCAUAAUUGUCUUUCUGUAAAAUAAACAGCACUUGUAUUUCUAAAUCUGUUUCUCACAGUGGUCAGUAUGUGAAGGUGUUUAAUGAUUAGAGUCUGCUGAACAUCUGUAAGGAUCUCAGCCAACACUGGUGCGGCAUGAGAAGAAGAAUGUGCAAACAGAGAAGGACAAUUUCCUCUGUCUUCAGUUAGAAAAAUUAUUUUGUUAACCACUAUUUUUAAAUCUUGUUUUACAGGGAAAUAUAUUUUUAAAA